AUGAGCGGAAAGGUCGAGGUGGAUUCGGCCGGAAUAAUCGGUUACCAUGCGGGGGAGGGGGCCGAUCCUCGAAUGAAGCGACAUGCGUCUCAACGGGGAUAUCGGCUGACUUCGAUAUCCCGUCCGGUGAUUGCGGAAGAUUUCAACCGUUUCGAUUUGAUCGUCGGUAUGGACGAUCGGAACAUCCGGGACCUGCGCCGCAAGGCUCCGGCGGAUGGCCGGGCCGAGAUCCGGAAAAUGACCGAUUUCUGCACCCGUUUCGACGAAACGGAGGUUCCGGAUCCCUAUUACGGCGGGGCGGCAGGGUUCGAGCGGGUGCUCGAUCUGUUGGAAGACGCCUGCGACGGAUUGUUCCGCUAUGUGAGCCGGCAGGCGGAGACGGAACGCCAGAGUAGCUCGUCGAUCAUCGGGCGCAGCAGUUUCUCGGUCGCUGCGGGAGAAGCGGCCGUCCCUUUUUCGUCGAAAGUCUCCCCGGCCGAAAUCACCGUGCACAGCAUCGGUACGACCAACGCCCGAGUUUCAGCAGCAAAGCCUGGAGUUGCUGUACCGCGCGAUUCCCGGCACUUUGCCCGAGGUGACCGAAACGACCGCCACCGGUUGCGGCGCCACUCCUGCAGGUACAGGUCGAUGACGUUUUUCAGCGCGGCUGAGAAGGAGGCGUUGUAG